AUGGGAAUUUCAUCUCUGAAGUCCUUUCUUCAUGCCCAAUUUCACACAAAGGAUUUAGGAGUGUUGAAGUAUUUCUUGGGAAUUGAGGUGACAAGAAACAAGAAAGGCAUAUUCUUAUCUCAAAGAAAAUAUGUAUUUGACUUGUUAAUUGAGACAAGAAAGUUGGGAGCUAAGCCAAGCAGUGCUCCAAUACUCCCCAAUUUGCAACUUACUAAAGAUGGUGAUUUAUUUGAAGAUCUAGAGAAGUAUAGAAGACUGGUUGGGAAAUUGAACUAUCUUACAGUAACCCGUCCUGAUAUUGCAUAUUCUAUGCAGAUUGGGCAGGUUCCAAGAUUGACAGAAGAUCCACUAUUGGUUACUGUGUUUUUGUUGGAGGAAAUUUAA